UUACAUACGGCUUUGUGUUUGUUUAUGAACAAAUGUAUUUUCGAAAUGCAUAACUGCAUCUAAACAUUCGCGUGAGAUAUAAGUACUAAAAUGUAUCAGUAGAAAAUGUAUAUCGUUCAUUGUACCGGGUUACACAAUUGUUUAAUAGUAAAUUGCAGUGGAGUCUUAUACAUCGUGUACUAAAACAUGUUUUAUAACCGUCUCGUACAUCCAUGCGAAUCAUCGGCGAGGUCCACUUUAACGUCUAAAUAUAAACGUGCACUGAUAUUUCACUUGACCUGCUCGUCUAAAUAUUAAAGCGAUCUGUGCAAUCGCGUCACGUGCUAAGCUUAGCCAAAGAAGUGGGAACAAUGGCGGAACAUAGAUCAUCAAAAGCGAAAGAAAUGGACAACGUUGACACAGAAUUAUCUGAACAACUCUCCAUAUUGCUUGAGGAUGAAGGAAUUACAGAGGAAAUCGUGACGGCAAGGCGCAUUGCAUUCCUUAUGAUGGAGACCGGUUUAACAAUGUUAAGUAAAGAAAGCAAUAUAUCAAUCGAGCAUUACUGUUUUGGCAGCCAGUCAGAGGGCGCGACAACGCUAGGGCUACGGUCUGACGUAGACAUGUUACGGCGUAUACCAUGUAUUAAUAUCAUGCGAGGGAAUUCGAAAACAUGGAAAAAAGGAAUGCUGAAUUGCAUGAUGCUUGAUAUCAAGGAUUAUCCACAACAUUUUGAUAUGCAGGUUUACAGAAGCGAUAAGCCCGAACCAGUGAAAGCAAAAAUAACUUUGUGUAAUGGCAUGCUAGUAAGUCAUGGAAUAGAUUGCGUAGUAUUUAGCUCUGAGUUUUAUCGGAAACAUACCGAAUUUUUUUUUAAACCUUUUAUGAGCGACGAUCAAUCUCCCUAUAAGGCUGGACCUUCUGCUAGUUUUAGCGACGAUAUAGACAUUGUGCACGCAUUGUGCGUAUCAGGUGACAUUCCUGAAUUGCAGACGUGGCUAGACAGGCCCCGACAGGGAAAUUGGCCACCUCAAAAAUUGUUUGAGGAAGCGAAACAAUGCGUGUGGUUCCUUGUACCGGUAGGAGAGUCAUCCUCGCAAAAAAGACACACAGAGUGGAGAUUAUCGCCGAACCUUAUUGAAAGGAAACUCAUGUUCAGUUUAAAUCUAACCCAGCUGAAAUGCUAUGUGUUGCUGAAACUACUCAAGCGCGCUAUUACAAAAAAAAUGAAAGAAGGCGAACUUACGAGUUUUCACUGCAAAACAGUGUUGUUUUAUACACUAGAAAGAACGCAAGAUCCCCAAUCGCAAGAAGGUUACUUAGCAAUGUUAUUGAAACUAUGUCUUCAAACACUCCAAAAAUUUCUUAGCGAUGGCGUAUGUCCUCAUUAUAUCAUUGACCGUGUUAAUCUGUUUGACGGUAAACUAAAUAGUGCACAACGUCGCAUAGUACGUAACAAGGUGACGGUACUCAUAGAUAACAACCUGCAGGGGUUUGUGAGUUACCUUGGUAACGCAACACGAUUGUCCACUGACGAACGUUUCAUUUCUCAUGUAUGUAUUCGAAGUAAACUCGCAUUUGAAAGGAUACAUUGGUUCCAUAUUAUUAUGCUUGAUUUCCAUUGCUUCAUCAGUAAAUCAAUCGAUGUUGUUGGGGAUCAGCUGACCACACUGAUUGACAAAUGUAAAGAAAUAAUAAAUUGUCACAACGCGAAUGCAUUUGAAAUACAAGCAGCUAAGGAAAUAUUGACAACUUUUUUGUCUUUUCGAGGCUCUAUUCAAGCGGCUCCACUAAUUCUAAGCGGCGUCUCGAUUAACCAAGAUGUCAUGGACAGUUUCAAGAAAUCGGUACAAGUCGGUGAUGUCGCGAAUAAAAUCAAUAAUUUACCAGAAAUGCUUAGCUUUGGCAAUCUUGCUUUGGAAAUGAAGGUUUGUUCAAUUAACAAAAAUGCCAUUGAAACCUUCGAAAAGGCCCUUGAGACGAAUGGAUUCUCAAGUCGACUGAAAUUAGCAUCUGUCAUGUACUGCUCUGGAAAUUUGCAGUCGGCAAAAUUUAUUCUUGAAUAUGCAGAACGUCAAUUUGACCGGUGCACUAUGAAGACCUUAUGUCGAUGUUUCAGUUAUUACAAUCGGUACAUAAACCACCGAGAAAUGUUUGAAAAUAAACCAAAUCCUAACAUUGAAAGCAAAAUUGCAUUAUGCAUCAUUUUUCUUUCUAACGAGGCACCGUGCGUUCCCCCUGUGCUUUUGUAUGAAAUGACCAAAACAGACUUUGCACCGGAUAACCGAGACAAACCAAUUAUAAAUACAGAAUUGCAUGGUGAGGCUAGAGUGGAUUCUCGUGUGUUUAUGUAUUAUCUGCAAUACCUUACGUACGGAGGUCUUGGCAUUCGUGAAAAACAGAUCGCUGUCUUGACAAAGUUCGAAGACUACAUUUCAACGCAUAUUGAUGAUCGCAUCUUGGAUCUCCAUUAUGAUCAUGGUCGUAACUACGAGAUAUCCCAUAUGGCGACUGCAUUGAAUCUGCUCGGCCACUGCUAUGAGAUGGAAGGGGAUCUAAGCAAAGCAGUCAUUAAAUACGCGCUUUCCCGAGAUAGCAAACCAAACAACAAUCCUGCCUACUGGCACAUUUGGAGAAUUUCGGAAAAAAUCACCAGAUUAAGUUAUGUAGUUGCGACCGGUUGUUAUUUAUAUGCAAUGACACUCGGCUCACGAACUGAUGGAAACGUUGAAUAGGACUUACUUGAAACAUAAUGUCAAAUUUAUAUAACUUUUACUUUUAUUUGUGAACAAUUUAAUAUAUUUGGAUUUAUUACAAAUAGGAACAAUCAAACUUCAAGCACACUUAUAUGACUAACUGGUAUUAGAAAGCCCUGAAUAUAUCGUGUGUGCUAACAUUAUUUGUACAUAUUCGUUCUAAAUUUCAAUCAACAUUUGUAACGGGAUGCUGCUUUACAAUCGUACAAUCUUGCAGAUAAUACGUUGAAAUAUCAAUUGGGUGUUUUAUAACUAUUAAUCAUUCACAUUGAUAAAGAUAAAUACAAUAUUAGUUGGUAUUCAUCAUUGCCGUAUUGUUGUAUUUUUUUAUAUUUAAUCAUAACCUUUUUACAAACAAAGUGUUUUUACAGUAGAUGAUAUGUAACCAAAAUGUGUCCACAAAUGUAGAUAUAAAUGUAUGGACGCAUUCAGAUUAGUUUGGCCCAUACUUGUUCAAUUUUUAUGCCCCCCUUCGAAGAAGAGGGGGUAUAUUGCUUUGCUCAUGUCGGUCGGUCUGUCGGUCGGUCUGUCGGUCCGUCCACCAGGUGGUUGUCAGACGAUAACUCAAGAACGCUUGGGCCUAGGAUCAUGAAACUUUAUACGUACAUUGAUCAUAACUCGCAGAUGACCCCUAUUGAUUUUCAGGUCACUAGGUCAAAGGUCAAGGUCACGGUGACCCGAAAUAGUAAAAUGGUUUUUGAAUGAUAACUCAAGAACGCAUACGCCUAGGAUCAUGAAACUUCAUGGGUAGAUUGAUCAUGACUCGCAGAUAACCCCUAUUGAUUUUGAGGUCACUAGGUCAAAGGUCAAGGUCACGGUUACCCGAAAUAGUAAAAUGGUUUCCGGAUGAUAACUCAAGAAUGCAUACGCCUAGGAUCAUGAAACUUCAUGGGUAGAUUGAUCAUGACUCGCAGAUGACCCCUAUUGAUUUUGAGGUCACAAGGUCAAAGGUCAAGGUCACGGUGACCCGAAAUAGUAAAAUGAUUUUCGGAUGAUAAUUCAAGAACGCUUUUGCCUAGGAUCAUGACACUUCAUAGGUUCAUUGAUCGUGACUCGCAGAUGACCCCUAUUGAUUUUCAGGUCACUAGGUCAAAGGUCAAGGUCACAGUGACAAAAAACGUAUUCACACAAUGGCUGCCACUACAACGGACAGCCCAUAUGGGGGGCAUGCAUGUUUUACAAACAGCCCUUGUUUUUAUCUUUGUGGGUAGAUGCUUCGUUCAGAAAAACAAAACUGAUAAAGCAGUACACAUAUUACUCAAAACUAUUAUUCUGCAGGUUCUAUAACAAGUAUAGAUUUUAAAACUCAAUUGUAACAUUGUAUAUGUUUUUUAACAUAAAUUUGAUUUGGCUAGGAUGACACAUAUACUAAAACUGUUCUAAUUAAAUGUUGUGUUUUUUUUUUGUUUUUUUUUUUACUGUUUUCCUUAUUAAUGUUUAAUGUUUGACAUUUACAUUGGUACCAGUAAUAUUCGCAUAAUAACCGCAUGGGUAAUAUAUCAUAGAAAUCACAAUAAUUAAGAAUUAUUGUGAUUUGUUGAACAUUAGUUUUAAGUAAUGUUAUACGGUGCAAUCAAUCAUAUAAGUUGAUACACAUGUAUGAUAUAUUGUCAGAGUUACUUAAUACAUCCCCCCCCACACACAGACACCUCUCACAUGCAUGCUAGCACUUGCGCCAAUGUACACAAUACACUAUGAGUUUAGACGGUCUAUAAAAAAAGUAACAUAAUAGUUUCAUAGCUCGUAAUUCUUUAUUGGGUCAUACCUUUUGUUGACGUUUAAAACAUAAAAAUACUAGUAUUGAGAGCAAUUGCACAUAUGUAUUUAAAGAGGUUAUCUAAAUAAUAUUGGUUGAAAAAUAUCUGAUGAUGUGGAUCAAUUUUGAUAACGUUUAUUGUGUUUGCUUUUAAUAAGGGAAAUAUCUGCUUCCGUCUGUAUUUUUAUCUAAAGAUAAUUAAGAAAAAAGAUGACGUAUGGGAUGCAU